AUGAGUGACUUGAAUUAUCAUAUUGUUUAUCGGCCGAACCCCAAUGCGGCAAACAGUGACAAGAAUGUAUCAAUUAAGGGCGAUAUUUACGAUACCGAUAAAAAAAAUGUAGCAGAGUUGAGCAGAGAUGAUUUUGUAUUUAUUUAUGAAGAUAAUAAAAAACCAGUUAUUGUUUUGCUAGGAUGGGCUGGUUGUCAGGAUAAAUAUUUAGCCAAGUACAGUGCCAUUUACGAAGAAAGAAGUUUUAUAACUUUGAGAUGCACUGCGCCAGUUGAAUAUUUAUUUCUGCGACACGACAAGUUGCCUAGUAUUGGAAGAAAAUUGUUAAAUAUUAUAAAAGAGCGUAAUUUAGAUGAGCAUCCUAUUAUUUUUCAUAUUUUUAGCAAUGGAGGAGCUUAUCUCUACCAACAUGUUAGCUUAGCCAUGGAUCAGAUUAAUAAUAAUAUUAAGGUAAAAGGUGUAAUAUUUGACAGUGCACCAGGUGAAAGAAGAAUAACUUCAUUAUUUAAAGCUAUAAGUGCGAUAAUGGGAGGAAAUCCUGUUGUUAAUAUCCCAUUUUCAUUUGUUAUUACUGUAUUUUUGUCAUUACUUUGGAUAUGUGAAACAAUAAGUAAUUCUUUGGGGAUAACAAAUUUACCAUCAGCUUCAAAUCCGUAUACUUUAAUAAACGAACCAAACAAUUGGCCACAACUUUUUCUCUAUUCAAACGCUGAUACGUUAAUACCUGCAGCGGACGUUGAAAAAUUUGCAAAUCACCGUGCAAAGCGUGGAGUUGAAGUUAAACUAGUUCUAUUUACGGAUUCACCACAUGUUAAGCAUUACGCAAUUUACCGUGAUGUUUACAUAAAUACAGUAUGUAAUUUUAUCAAUGAUUGUUCAUCUGAAAAAUUAAACCCCGCUAAAAAUAACACUGAAGAUAAUCCUACUGGCAACGAUAGUUUGUUGGGUUAUGAAAAUUCAUUUUUAAAAAUUACCAAACAGGUUAUAUUGCCGAUCGAAGCGACAGCAAACAAACAAAUAAAUUAA